GGCGCCCAGCGAGGAGCCGCUCGUGUCCCGGCUGGAGGGGGUGACCCUGCCCUCCCGCCUGCCUGGGCCCCUGCCCGUGAGGAGAUGUGCCCAGGAGCUCCAGCUGCCUGUUCAUGAGUGGCCACACACGGGCCCUGUGGGGCAGUUUGAUGUGGGUGUGGUAGCAUCGUUUGGACGUCUCCUGAGUGAGGACCUCAUUCUGCAGUUCCCAUAUGGCGUGCUGAACAUCCAUCCCAGCUGCCUCCCGCGGUGGCGUGGUCCUGCACCAAUAGUCCACACAGUGCUUCAUGGUGAUAAAGUGACUGGGGUGACAAUUAUGGAAAUAAGACCAAAAAGGUUUGAUGUAGGUCCAAUUAUUAAGCAAGAGGAGUUUGCUGUUCCUCCCCGCUGCACUGCAAAGGAGCUGGAAGGGAUGUUAUCAAAGAUGGGCGCAAACAUGCUGAUAACAGUUUUGAAAAACUUGCCUGAAAGUUUAAAAAAUAAAAAGGAGCAACCGAAAGAAGGAGUGACCUUCGCUCCUAAAAUAUCCAUAGCUAAGAGUUGUAUAAAGUGGGAAGAGCAAACAGCUGCACAAAUAAUUCAACUGCAUCGUGCAAUAGGAAGUAUGUAUCCUCUGCAGACACUCUGGAAGGGUGCUACUGUUAAACUUCUGGAUUUUGUGGAAGUGGAUACUAUCCCUGGGUUUUCAGAUCGGAUAUUCAAUGUCUGUGAAGCUGUUCCUGGUUCACUACUCUACCAUAAAGUCUCCCAAACACUGAUCGCUCGUUGCAAGGAAGGCUGGGUUGGAAUCAAAACGGUCGUAUUAAAGAAGCAGCUUACAGCAGUUGACUUCUACAACGGAUACAUGCACUCUUGGUUCCAGCAGAACUCAAGAACAGUUCAUCAGGAAUGUAGAUUUCAAACACUCGAACUUAGCACGGCAAAAAAGACUCUGAAAGAGAGGGAAAUGUUGACGCAGGACAUAAAACGAUAG